ACUGUGGCCUGUCAAAUCCAGAGAGAGGCCACCUUAGUCCUUGGCUUAGUUGGCUACCUGCAAUCCCUUAUAAAUAGCACCUCACCUUUAGCAACAUGGUAACCGCACAAUCUUCCUUCCUUUCAUACAUCAAAACCUCCAGAGAGGACAGGGCUUGCUUGCUGCCUUUGCUACCUCUGCACCCUCUUUCUCUAGCUAGUUCCUCUUGACUGACCGACCCACCCCUUCACACUCUUUGAGAACCAAGCUUGUCAUCCAGUAGAGCUAGUAUAGCUAGCUCGAUCACGUACGAUCAAGGCCCUGAAUGGACUUCGACAUGCUGAAUUCCCACCCGGAGGCGCAGCUGGAGCUGAUGAACGCAAUGCUCCAGCUGGAGCAGCUCACGGCGUUCCCUCUCCCCGACCACCACGGCGCCAUGAUGAUGGUGCCUUCGAGUCCCCCGUCGCCGCCGGGCAUGCAGCAAGCAGCUAGUCAUCAUCACCAUUUCUCUUCGGUGCCUCAUCACAUGUCUUCGGGCGCCAACAACAGCGGCCGUGGCGGCGGCGGCGGCGUCUACAACGACCACCACCACCAGUACUCCCAGGUCGUCACAGCUGAUGUGUCGUCGUGCAACGGCAGCGCCCGGCGGUCGGACUCGGAGUACGUGGCGCAUGCGCAGCAGGACGACCAUGCCGCCGGCGGCGGCGGGGGCAACUACAGCAGCGGGGAGAGCGGCGGCGGCACCGCCGCCGUCGGGUCGUCGGCGAUGCGGGAGAUGAUCUUCCGCGUGGCGGCGCUGCAGCCCGUGAACAUCGACCCGGAGAUGGUUCGGCCCCCGAAGCGGCGCAACGUGCGCAUCUCCACCGACCCGCAGAGCGUGGCGGCGCGGAUGCGGCGGGAGCGCAUCAGCGAGCGCAUCCGCAUCCUGCAGCGGCUCGUCCCGGGCGGCACCAAGAUGGACACGGCGUCCAUGCUGGACGAGGCCAUCCACUACGUCAAGUUCCUCAAGACGCAGGUGCAGUCCCUCGAGCGCGCCGCCGCCGCCAGCGGCCGCCGCCCUGCAGUGGACAACGGUGCCGCAGGCGCCGGCGCCGCGAGCUACUCCGGCCGCAUGAACGGCGGCCACCAGUGGUAGAUCGCCCGAUCGCUCUCUCGCUGCCACUGCACCAUGCAUCCGGCCUCAAGCUGACGACGGUCGUCCGUCCGGCAUGCAUGGCCAUGCUGUGAUCAUCAUUAAUCGCCGCCGUUGGACCUGGAGCUCUUGCACGUACGUGUACGUACUACGACAUAACGCGCGCGCGUCGGCAAACACUGCUAUUUGCACCAUCAUAUGUGUAAAUUAAGAUGCACUUGGCUAGACGCCUUACAUUUUUACUACUACUACUAGUACCUAGAGAGAAGGUGGUUUUACUGCCGUUGUAUGCUUGCGAUUAGACUCGAUCGCAGCACAUGCACACAUGCAUGUCGUAGCAGCUUGUACAUUGCACGCAUCUCGAUCAUGUUAUCAACGUACGUGUUUCCAUUUAUUUAUUAA